GUACUCGUGACAUACGUCGUCGUCGUGUCGUGGUAUUUCGCAGCUGACAGAUUUUCUAACCUCAAUUGUCGUAAACUUUCACGCUUAAUAUUUCGGUUUUCGGGACACAACGACGCUUAUUUUUGCCAGAUUCUUUCGUUUCAUACGAAAACGCGUCAAAUUUAUUGAUUUUUAGGAUGUUGUAGUUAAACUGUAUAAUUAUCCAAUUUAGUGUAUUAUAUUUUAAAUAUAUUGCUGAAAUUAAGCAACUUUGAUGCACACUAUUAUGCUUGACAUAUAUAACCGCGAAUAAAGUGAAGAGAAAGCGACGAUAAAAAUAAUGACUGACGUAGAAAAAUCCAGAGCAAUGGAGAUUCAAUUGAAAACUGAAAAACAAUUGAGCGAAGAUACAGUAGAUUUCUCAGAAGCUGCAGAAAAACUGGCGGAAGGUCUUUUGGGUAUUUAUCAAUCUCCACUGGAACAAGUUAAGCAAGAACUUUUCGAGCUGACUAAUAAACAAGAGUCUCUACUUACACGAAUGCAGCUUGAGAAUAAAAGGAUACAUGAGACAUUUGAAGAUAUAGAUUUAAAUGAUAUGUUUUCAGUCGUUAAAAUUUAUCAAGGAAAAUUAUCAGUGAUAAGAAAAGAAAUGAUUAAUAUUCAUGAAAGAACGUCUAAACUAAAGAAACGCGUGUUGCGUCUUCAACAGAUUAAGAAAAAAGAAUCAAUGAAUAGGGAACAACAACGUGAACAAGAAUUGCGCAAGGAACAAGAAUUAAUUGGAAAAUCUACAACUAAUUAAAAGAGUAUAAAUCUAAAUAAACCGAUAAAUUUUUACAAAUUAUUUCUAUAAGAGAAAUAUAACUGUUUCGAGGGUCAAAGUCAAGUUGAAGUCGGGUUCAGUUGAGUGCUCUUACGUUGGAAACAUUAAGAAUCCUACCCAAUAAAAUUUUAAGGUAGUUA